AAUAAUAAACACACGUUUCGCUAAAUACCGAUGUGUAUAAAGUUGAAUUUGAUAGCAGUGAUUCCUUAUUGCGUUUCCGCAGUGCGUGGACUUAUCUUUCAAUACAUUUUAUUGCAGAAUCCGCAUUUACGUGAAUCUGAUGUUGGUACUUUUUAAAGUGUGCAAUUAACAGAACAAUUCAAAUUCAAACUUGAGGACAAUAAAUUAAAAAUGGAUAGAACCCAGAACGUCACGGAAGACUACAGCUUCACCUCGAUUAAACCAGUUGAUGGAGAGCUGAUAAACAUUGAUCCAUCGUCUGGAUAUGUACAAAAUCAGUUAUUCCUGAUUUUUUAUUCCCUCAUCGGUGCCAUAGCCCUUUUCGAUAAUUUUAUGAUUGUGUAUGUUGUUGGAACCAACAAGAAAAUGCAAAAUUUUGUACACAUUUUGCUGGCGAAUAUGGCUGUAGCAGAUUUUCUUUGUGCGUUCACUUACUUCACAGGACUUCUUGCGUGCUCGGACGUUGUCAUUUCAGGAACGGGGAGCAAUAUGUGGUGUCUGGCUAAUAAGACAGUGUGGUUGAUUACGUUUCAGGUGUCGUCUGUCACAAUGUUUGCUGUGGCUUUGGAUCGUUUCACCGCAGUCUUCUUUCCUUUCGUUCAUGUUCAGAAAGUUAAACACCAUCCAAUUCGUCGUGUCACUAAAUCUAUCAUUGCUAUUUGGCUUGCUGCUACAGCUUUGGUUGUUUUUACAGCUCCCAGUCUUGCUUAUCAGAGAUAUUUUUCCCCGAAUGGCAGACUCAUUCAUUGUGAACUCGCCAAAGCAUUUGAUAUCUUCCAUUUACGCGAUGAAAAGUCACAGAAUGUGUUGUUGAUUGUCGCAAAUUUGGCUCAUUUUUGGGUACCAUUCUUAAUAAUCAGCGUAGUAUAUGGGGCAAUUGUUGUAAAAGUGUGGAAACGUAAACUCGACGACACCACUACGCUAGGACAAAAAGACGCAAUCUUACUCCAAAAAUGGAGAACUAUUAGAAUGAUCAUUGCAGCUGUUGUAGUUUUCAUCAUUUGUUGGUUGCCAUUCUUCGUCGUUAAUAUUUACUAUUUCGUCAAAGGCUCUCAACACAAAAGACCCUGCACCGAAUCAGUGUCAUUUCUGAUUGUUAUGUGGUUGGCAUUCAGCAGUUGUUGCUGGAACCCCAUUAUCUAUUGGAUGUACAACGAGUCUUACAGAAAGGGUUUCUCUGAUCUCCUAAAAAUAUUUAGAAAAGUGUUAAAGAAGGAUGUUGAACUUAAGGAUAGACAGAACAAAAUUGCAACCAUUUCCAAUGGGAUAACGAAUUAAAAUCAACGAUCGGUAUGGUUUUAAAAAAAAAUCGUAAAUACGUAAGGAAAUGAGGAAGUACCCCUGCGAAUCAGACCCUGAUUAAUAAGUUUCGAAGCAAAAAUCAAAA